UGCCGUUUCUCCAUUCUCAAAUCAAAGAGUCUCUCUGUUCACUCUAAUUCCUCUAGUCUUCUCCUUCUUUCUGCUGUCUCUUCUUAGUAUUCAAAUAAGGCAUGGAGAAAGGUAAGUUUUGGAGUGCAGCAAUGACGGGUGGAAUGGUCUUCUGCGUCACCCUCCACUCAUGAAUUGACCUCUCCUUUGGCUCUUUCUUCAGUUAUCUCACUGUUACCAACCGUAGUGAUCUUCUCUUCCUUUCCAUCUCACCCCUUUCUAUAGAUGGAGCUAGCAGUAGCACCCUCAACCUACCGAUCCUCGCCGCCUCUUCCAUCGGAAUCAUCACGGCUGCCGCUGCCGCUGCCUCUGCGAUGCACUAUCCUUGUCGAAAUCACCCGGUUAUUGAUCGCAAGAUCAUUCCGCUGUUAUGCCUGACGGAUUCCGGUCACGUUGAUAAGCUCGAAAGGUUCUCUCGCUAUGUAGGUAGACAGAUUGGUUUUACAGACAAAAACGAGUGCCCGCAACUGCGCAAGUUAGCAAACGAUUACCUGAGGAAAUCAAAAGGGUGUGAAGAUGAAAUCUAUGCCUUCUUCGCUAAUGACCCAGAUGCCGAUACUCUGUUUGCAAAGCUGGUAGAGGAAUUUGAUAAAUGCAUUCUCAGUUAUUUUGCCUUCCAUUGGAGCCAUGCUUCGCUCAUGAUCAGUCAGGUACUGACUGCAGAUUCUGAACCCAAAGGAAAGCUUAAAAACAUGGUCAUGGCAGCUACCAGGAAACAGAGAUUUGAUAAGGUGACCAAGGACUUGAAGAUUACAAGAUUGUUCUCUACAUUAGUGGAGGAGAUGAAAGCGAUUGGGAACCCACAAACAGACGUGAUGGUACCAGCGGCCCAUAGUGAGAGAAGUCCGGUGCUACUGUUGUUGGGUGGUGGAAUGGGAGCCGGAAAAAGCACAAUCCUCAAGGAGAUACUCAACCAAGCUUUCUGGAAGGACGCGGCCGCGAAGGCAGUGGUGGUGGAGGCAGAUGCUUUCAAAGAGUCGGACGUCAUUUUUCGAGCCCUUAACUCUAAGGGCCACCACGACUUGAUUCAAACCGCUGAGCUGGUGCACCAAUCGUCUACCGAUGCUGCAUCAUCUCUCUUAGUGACAGCACUCAACGAAGGACGGGAUGUGAUCAUGGACGGUACUAUGUCGUGGGAACCCUUUGUCGAGCAGACAAUCGCAAUGGUUAGGAACGUUCACCGCCGACGGUACCGUAUGGGAGUAGGAUAYAAGGUUGCCAGUGAUGGGUCUGUAACUGAAAACUACUGGGAAGAAGUAGAAGAACGAAAACAGGUUCGAGAGGAAACCGAGCCAAGGAAACCAUACAGAAUAGAGUUGGUUGGAGUUGUUUGUGAUGCUUAUUUGGCCGUUGUCAGAGGCAUCAGGAGAGCAAUUAUAAAGGGAAGAGCUGUGAGAGUGAAGUCACAGUUGAAAUCUCACAAGAGAUUUGCAAACGCAUUUGAAAGAUACUGUAUGCUAGUUGACAAUGCCAGGCUAUAUUGCACCAACGAUUCGGGAGGCCCACCUAAGCUAAUAGCAUGGAAAGACGGAGACAGCAGUUUGCUGAUUGAUCCACAAGAAUUCCGGUGCUUAAGGGCAGUAUGCAUGUUGAAUGAAGAGGCAGAAUCUAUAGAUGAACUCUACACAGACCCAGAUCCAACAUAUGAAGAUGGUUCAGUUUGGAAAGACAUUGUUUUGUCACCUUCAAGGAGCAAUUUUCAACAGGAACUAAAGAUGGCCAUCAAGAAGGCUGAAAAUCAGACUUCAGAAUAAUGGAGUAGCAUACUCAUCAUGAUCCAUUGCCAACGAGAUAGCCCUAACCAAGUUCCAUAUAUAACCCCAGGUUUGUAGGGGGUAGCCGCGUGCUUCAGAGUUCAGAUUAACUGUGAAAUUUGUUCUUGUAAAUCUGUGUAGAUCAUGCCAAUACAAUUUCCAGCAAUACUUCUACGGAGACACUUUCUGUGUUGGAAGAGAUUAAAACACAUGAAACAAGCAAAAUGGCCAUCGACUUAAAGCUUCUGCCAUUGAAAUUCGGAAUUUAAAACACUGGA